AUGGGGAGUCAAUCGCAAUACAGCUCGAUCGAGGAGACCUCGCGUAUCCUUGAUCUGCUUUGCAAUUUGUUUGACACUGUAGAACUACCGACAGAGGUACGGGAGAUCGCCAAGAACGUUGUGUUUACUGCACAGCGUGACGCUCCUUACUUUCCCAUUCCGUUCAAAGAAACAGAGACAACAGCGGCGCUAAAGGCAAUCGAGGGCUCUGUCGUGAGCCUGUUGGCUGGCUUGCAAGAUGGUCUUAGCAAGGAUAGGAAGGUGACAGUGAACUUGGAGAAAACCACUGCUUUCCUCAUCCAGGCCUAUCUGGCAACGGUCGGAGGUUUGGGCAAGCUUGAUAAGAACGUACGCUCACUAUUAAAAGACACCGACCUUCUGAAAGCUCAGUCUGAUCCAUAUCGGCGCAUGUCAGCCAAUUUGUACAAGACAGCUACGCCCGGAGAGUUUUACCAUAUUCACGGCUCUCUCGAGGCCUCUACAACACUCGGAUUUCUUGGACUGGAACCAUUCCGCCCGGACCUCGAUACACAUGAGAAGAUCGUGGAUGCCAUCGAAACAGCUGUCAAAAAGUUUACCCCUGACGAACUCGAGGAACUCAACGCCAAAUACAGGCAAGCCGGCGUGAAGGCAUUGAAGCAUGAUGAAUUCCUCCAGACACAACAUGGCCAAGUAAACAGCAAACUCCCACCAUGGGCUGUCACGUCCCUAGAAGACCAGACCCCUAAAUACGGCUUGCCAGCAUCCGAUCCUAAACGUCUGUUAUCUGGAGUGAAGGUGCUUGAGCUUUGCAGGAUCAUUGCAGGCCCUGUAGUCACAAGGAUUCUUGGCGAAUAUGGCGCCGAUGUCCUCAAGAUUACUAGUCCAAGUCUGAGUGAUGUUCCUUUCUUCCAAGUUGACGGUAAUAUGGGUAAGCACGCUGCUGAAUUGGAUCUUAAAUCCACAGAAGGACGAAAACGUUUCGAAGAGCUGGUGGCUGAGGCUGAUGUUGUCGUUGAUGGAUACCGACCCGAUGCGAUUGAGAAGCUUGGCUACGGACCAAAGUUCCUCUCGGAGCUAGCCACAAAGAGGGGCAAAGGUUUCGUCUACGUUAAUGUCAACUGCUUCGGUUAUCAAGGCGAGUGGGCACACCGGCCGGGUUGGCAGCAGAUUGCAGACUGCGUUAGUGGUGUCGCCUGGGAACAAGGCAAAUUUGUGGGAUUGGACGAGCCUAUGGUACCACCUUUCCCUAUUUCAGAUUAUGGAACCGGUUGCAUUGGCGCCAUCACGGCACUGAUCGGUCUAUACCACCGCGCCACGAGAGGUGGGUCAUGGCACGGAAAGGCAUCUCUUUUGCAGUAUGAUCUGCUUCUAUUCAAAGCCGGUUUACUACCCGAGGAAGUCCAAAACUCACUGCGCACUUGGGUCGGUCCUGAUUUCCUCAGCCUUGAUCACGCAAACAGCGUGGAUCAGAUCUCUGGAACCGCUCUGAGAAAAAUGAGAGAGGUCUUCCCGGAGUUCACGUUGAACAAGAAAUACCUGGACCACUGGUAUGCGGAAGCAUAUAAGCAUGACGUGGAGGUGGUGUUGCCUGUCGUGGAUAUAGAAGGUCUUGAUAUCAGUUUCAAGAGAGCAAGCAGGCCGAACGGAUCGGAUCAGCCAACGUGGGAUUUUGGUGUCGACGGAGAUUACAGGAAGUGA